CUGGCGCACUCGGUUAAAAAAAAAAAAAAAAUUAAGGUGGCCGAGAAGGAAAGGGUUAACCGUUGUCUUUAAAUAUUCAUAUCAUUGUUUUAAAGGUGUAAACAUGCGGCUUCUGGGUUGGAGCGGACUACCUCUUAUUAUGCAAAUGUACUCCCCCCCAUUAAUUACGAUUUCCCCAAGACCCCCCCCCCCAUUUUCGCUCAUCCACCCUCCAAAAACUGUAAGUUUUCAAGGUUCGGAUGUGAGUGUGGGAUGUGUGUCCCUCGUUCCAGUUCGAAUUUUAAAACUCCUGAGUGCUUUCUGGACUUAAGGUGUUUUAAACUUUUUUCCUCUUAAAAAUCUGGGAAAAUAUAAAUAAUGUUUAAAAGGAAGUUAGUCCCUCAAAUUCCCCGCCUCUUUUUUGGGGGGAAGGGUAGGGUUGGAGGUAGGAAAAUAACUGGAUGCCUCGUGAGUUGGAUUUUUUUUCCCCCUGGUAGGAGUGAGGCGAUGUUAAGUGCGAGGCGUUUUGUGAGCAAAGGACUUGUUUUGUUCCAAACUCUUCCAAGUCAAAGUGCUACUGGACUUUUCCUAACUCUAAAAUGGCUUCAGAAUUCCCCUCUGGUAUUUUGCUUUGCUCUCCUGCCACCCUCCUUUUGGACAGGUUGAUUUCUUGGAAUCUUGGAAGGUUUACUCCUGCACAGUUGUAGGUUUCAAACCGAAAUGAUUGCUCACCCCAAACAUGUUUUUGUAAGGACAGUUUGGAUCACUGCCUAAACUCGGGCUUUGUGAGAUUUAUUUCAGUUAUUUUGUGAGUGUGUGUGAGAGAGUGUGUGUGUGAGAAAGAGAUUUAUUUUAAAUGAGUGAUGUGCUUCCCAGAAGAUCGGAAACUCUAUAAAUGGGAAUUAUGUUCUUAAUCAUAAAUUUUAUAGGGGAAACUAACUCUAAAACUUGGGGUGUUUGUAAUUCUAUGCCCAAUAAAAUAUCAGUCUGGAGGUUUGUAAACCCUGGGAGCACAUAUAAGAUUCUGAUUUAACCUCUGAGACUUCAGAUUUAGAAGGGUUUGCCCUCCUAGAAACUUCCAGUGGUACCAAGUACCAUAAAUGCCAGUGAUUUAGUACAGUUUAAUUUCUCAUUUUAGUUCUGCAAUGAAACCGUAAUGAGCAGGGGCAAGCAUAUUUAUUUUGUCGGUGUGUGUGUACUGGUUUGUUGGGCGGGAUGUUUGCUUUCUAGGAAAGAGCACUGCAUUAAAACAUUAGAGAACUUUGCACUGCUCUCUUGGAGAAAAUUAAUCUUGCUGUGUUAAACAGCCAUUCCACUUUUCGAGUUGUGUUCUUUAGUGAGGCUUCCUUAGUUUUGGAUCAUGUUGUACUUUUGGCCCAGAGUGAAAACAGGCUUUUCUAAAAUUGAAUUGAGCAUCAUGAAGAAUUUCAUCAAGUGCAUUUCCAUCAGCAUCCUUUUCCUGCAGAGUGUCUGUCUAAUGGGCAUUUUAUUUUUCUUUGUGAGAUAGCAGAAGAUAUUAAAAGGCUUUCCAGAGAAGUCCCUUUAGCCAGGCCUUCUAAUCUCUAAACCGUAGUGCUUCUAGGUUGACAGAUGAAGUGACUAGAAGUUUUCUCAUAAUGCUGGCCGCCAGAAGAACCUUUGGGACCUGCUGCUCAAGAUGGUCUUGUGUCAUGUGUCAGCUGGCCCAUAGUGCCUUCUUCAGGGGAGGUGUCCUGGCUGCCCCUCAGAGCCACAGUUACGGCAACACAGACGUCAGGUCUUCUUCAGUAGAAGAUGUCUGUGAUGGUGGAUCUGUAAAGAAACCAACUGCUAGGAGAGGGAGGGGAGGAGCCCAGCUGUGAGGUGUGUGCGCCCCAGAACCAUGUCUACGCGGGAGUCCUUUAACCCGGAAAGUUAUGAGUUGGACAAGAGCUUCCGGCUAACCAGAUUCACUGAACUGAAGGGCACUGGCUGCAAAGUGCCCCAAGAUGUCCUGCAGAAAUUGCUGGAAUCCUUACAAGAGAACCACUUCCAAGAAGAUGAGCAAUUUCUGGGAGCAGUUAUGCCAAGGCUUGGCAUUGGAAUGGAUACUUGCGUCAUUCCUUUGAGGCAUGGCGGUCUCUCUCUGGUUCAAACCACAGAUUACAUCUAUCCUAUCGUUGAUGACCCUUACAUGAUGGGCAGGAUAGCAUGUGCCAACGUCCUCAGUGACCUCUAUGCCAUGGGGGUCACGGAAUGCGACAAUAUGCUGAUGCUCCUCGGAAUCAGUAAUAAAAUGACCGACAGGGAAAGGGACAAAGUGAUGCCCCUAAUUAUACAGGGUUUUAAGGACGCAGCAGAGGAGGCAGGGACGUCUGUGACUGGUGGCCAGACGGUGUUAAACCCCUGGAUUGUUCUGGGAGGAGUGGCCACGACUGUCUGCCAGCCCAAUGAAUUUAUCAUGCCAGAUAACGCGGUGCCGGGGGACGUGCUUGUGCUGACGAAGCCCCUGGGGACACAGGUGGCCGUGGCCGUGCACCAGUGGCUGGACAUUCCUGAAAAAUGGAAUAAGAUCAAACUAGUGGUCACCCAAGAAGACGUUGAGUUGGCGUACCAGGAGGCAAUGAUGAACAUGGCGAGGCUGAACAGAACAGCUGCGGGGCUCAUGCACACGUUCAAUGCCCACGCCGCCACUGACAUCACGGGCUUUGGAAUUUUGGGUCAUGCGCAGAACCUGGCCAAGCAGCAGAGGAACGAGGUGUCCUUCGUGAUUCACAACCUUCCUGUCCUGGCCAAGAUGGCUGCCGUGAGCAAGGCCUGUGGAAACAUGUUUGGCCUCAUGCACGGGACCUGCCCGGAGACAUCAGGAGGCCUCCUAAUCUGUUUACCGCGAGAGCAAGCCGCCCGGUUCUGUGCAGAGAUCAAGUCUCCCAAAUACGGGGAAGGCCACCAAGCAUGGAUUAUUGGGAUCGUGGAGAAGGGCAAUCGCACGGCCAGAAUCAUAGACAAGCCCCGGAUCAUCGAAGUCGCACCGCAGGUGGCCACUCAGAACGUGAACCCCACCCCGGGGGCCACCUCUUAAUCUCGACCCAAGUAGCUCUUUGGUUUUGUUUUUAAAUAGAUCUAUUUCCUUUUUCAUCAUUUCAAUUAAAGACUAUAAACGACCACAAAAAUCUCAUUGUGUCUACACAUCUGGUGACCUUAGGUCGAUUUGUGAGUGGAUGCAAUUAAUAAAAUAAAAUCCAUUGCCUUUUUUUCCUGUUACAUUAACUGAAGAUGCACCUAAUCUUGAGGCAGCUUCUGAGUUGAGAAUUAUAUUGUUAUCCAAUACUGUUGAUUCAUUUUGAAUCUUUAGACACUUAUCUCUUGCCGCAUAGGCUCUUUUUAAAGGUGCUUUCCCGUAGCACAGACAUACCCGUCGUGGUGUCAGAUAGCACUUGGUGUCUGUUCAGUUUGUGCGUAUUUAUCAUUAUCAGUCUGGUCUUUUGUAAGUGUCUUGGAUGGUAUUCUGGAAAGAUGGAAUUGGUCAGUGACACAGUGCUAUCCCAAGAGCGAGAGGGUUGCAUGGUUCCUUCCAGUCCUUGCUUUGUAAAGCCCAGCGUUCUCAUUCAAGAGCGUCUCUUUUGACCCAGGACAUUUUCCCUGUAGUGUAUUCAGUUCAACAAGGCAAGUGCUUAACUCUGCAUGGAAAGCACUUUGGGGACAAAAAAAGAAAUUAACUUUUUUUGUAGCCUUCCUAAUAUUUACAGUAAUACCAUUAACUGUUUUCUUUACGGACAGCAAGCAAGGAUCCUUUUUGCAAUGUAAUUAGAUGUUCUCUAGUGCAACAAGGAAUUGGCCUUCCGGAAGGGCGUUCAUGUAUAAUACUCAUUUACAACUCAAUCUAUAAUUAACUACACAAAUAAUUUUGAAAUAUAAUCAAUAAUAAAGACUGUUCUCUGGAUGGUAGUGGUUACUACAUUUUAUAUUUUGUAUAGUGAUUUCAGGCUUUUUGUUUUCCUAAACUCAGCAGUUCUUUAGCCGAAUUCUUAGCAUUAUUUUGUCCUUGGCGCCAGUACUUUUUUGUGCACGCUUUUUGUGAUUUGUGUUAAAAAAUCUGCAUUGCCGACGUCGCAGCUCGAACUGAAACUUGUUAUUCAAAUAAAUAUUUAAUUUUUUUUUAUUGCUCUUGUAUAAUCAGAUGCCCCCAUUAGUAUCAUUUUAGAAGCAUUGGGAGGGUUUUGGCUAAAAGUACAAUUUAUUGGGGAAAACUAGAUUUUAGUUUUAUAAACUUUUAAGUCUUUCAUGGGGCCUAUAUUUUCUUGAAUUAAAUUUUGUAGUGCUAGAACAAAUAGGCGAUCUAAAAAGGUGUUUAUCUGUGUUACUUAAAAACAGAGGCUUCCUUCUAUUUUAACCCACUAAACCAUAAGGACGGAUCGCGGUCACUAAGCACCAGCGCGCUGACUCUUCGAGUGUCCACCUGAGAGAGAAAGCAGCCGGCCCUGCGAGUCUCUGAUGCUUAAGGGCACGGCACCAAAGCCCUGGCGACAGAUCCUCUUCUUGCCAAAGGAAGCCACCCACCCCCCCCACCCCCCGGAAAGGACGGCCCCGAAGAGGCUUUCCUUUGGAUGCGCCCGCCCUUCACCAGAAGCCAGAGGGCAGCCUUUUCCCAAGUGUAGCUGGAACUCAAGCCAUAAGUACGGUGUGCGGGACCUGAAAGGCUGCUUCGGAACUGACAUUUGUUGGACGUUUUCUAGGGAUUUAUACAGAUGUUGGUCCUCAAAAGCUACAGACCAGUGGUCUACAAAAUAAAAUGUGUUGGAAACCUCUGAGUAAGGUGAA